AUGCACACAGGCUACUGUCGCCCAACUGCUUCUCCUCCACCACCAGCUAUUCAGGAGUUACGUGCUACUAUUAGAGUGCUACCUCCACAUGAUUGCUACAUUUCUACUCUUAGAAACAAUGUUCGCUCACGUGCCUGGGGAGCUGCCAUUGGUUGCAGUUAUCGUGUUGAGCGAUGUUGCAUUGUGAAGAAAGGAGAUGGGACCAUUGAUCUUGAACCUUGUCUUACGCAUACAUCAUCUGUGGAACCUACUCUUGCUCCAGUGGCCGUUGAGCGUACAAUGACAACGAGGGCUGCAGCUUCGAGUAUCUGGGUGAUGGUUUAG